AAGAGCAGAGCUGGUGAAAUGCUUCUUGAAUGAAACGAGCGAGCGAGAGAGAUCUUGAGCUUCGAUCGAUCCCUUGCUUCAUUCCUUCAUCGCAGUGUGAGAUUUUCGGCAAUUCGACGGAGCGAGCGAGCGAGAGAUAGCGAGAGGACGAUGUCGGCCCCGCAGGCAGCACAGGCAGCAGGUCAGGUGGCGCAGGCAGCCGCGCCAUACUGGAGAAACGCAGGCAUGUCGUACGUCGCGUAUGCCAACGCUUGCGCGCAGCAUCUGCGCAAUUGUCUCAAGGAGCCGCACAAGACCGCUGCCGCCAAUCGUGAGGCGGUCCAUUACAAGUUCUCCGUUUGGGAGAACGGUGUCGCCGGGAAACCCAGUAUUAGGUCAACCAUCCCUGAAGAGUAGCACGAGUGCAUCGAAAUUGUCAUUCGAUUCACUCUUGUCGCGAGGACCUCAUCAACCUACGCCAACUUUUGGUGUCUUAUCAUCUUGACGGAAUGUUUCUAGAUCUGGUGCAUGAUACCAUUUGCUAGCCAUGGUCGAUAGAAUUCUAUGGGUCUUGCAGAUGAAGAUUCGGAGUCCAUUAUAAACGCCAGUGCGAACUCAAGCCCACAAGAGCUGGGAUGCCACAGUUUUUGUACCUGGACUGUAGGACAUGUAGAAUGAAAGGUUACUUUUUACAUAACAGCGUAUUGACCUCAAUCGGGCCAGGUGUUUUUGGCGAUGGAUUUUGACACUAAAACUUUAUAAGCAAGUAACUUAAAUAAAAUUCACUUUGCCAAAUUUUCAAGUGCUUGCUGGAGUUGGCAAAGUUGAGAUGUUUGGAGCUGUCCACGAUGCUAUCUGC